AUGGUGUGUAAUGAGGUUAGGAACAUCACUCAUUCAGUCGAUGGCAAGUCUCUAUCUGAUGUUUAUCAUGUGACAAUCUAUUGGAUUGAUGCUGAGGAUUCUACUUGUGCUGGAAAAGCUCAGGCAUCAAUGAUGAAGGAUUCUAGUUGUGCUGGAAAAGCUCGGGCAUCAAUGUUACCUAAGCAUCAUAACGAGGCAUCAGCUUUUGAAGCACACUUGCCAACUUGUGAUGAUGGUGCUGCAUCAUCAUGCUUGCUGCAAGAAACCGAUUUUGAUGGCAGUACUUUGUCCAUGCUAGAAGAUAGCAUUAAUGCCCGAUUGGCUUUGGCGUCGCUCAUCCUUGAAGACGCUAAAGAAGAUGAGGCUAUUUCUUUGCUUUCGCCUCCGAAAGAUUUGGAUUUUAUUAAUUCAAAUUCCAAUGUGCAAAAACCAUGGUGGCUUGAUGGAAAAAUAAAAUUAAAGCUUUGCCACAUAUAUAAAGCAAAGGGGAUGCUUCAAGAGUUUGUUAAUAAAAUCUUACCCCUGGUUCAUGAGUCACUUUAUGUAAAAACCCUUCGUCCAAAGGAAAAUGAUGUUUUUGGAGAAGUGAGACCACUGGCUUCUAAAUCAGAUCUAAUGAGAGCUAGCAGAGCAAGAAAGCUGCUUCAAAAGAAGGAAGAACAGAAAGCUGCUGGUAUUGAUUUGCAUAGUGAUUAUUCAGUUGAUAAAUCUCUGUUGUGCAAGGCAUUGCAAUCAUUGCAAAGAUAUUCUGAAGCUCCGGAGAUUAUAAAUCUCACCCAGAGAUUGGUUUCUGAUAAACUGCAUGGUGAUAAGGAGGAACUUCUGUCUCUUUUAGCUCAAAUAUCUUUUAACGCGACAGAUCCUAAACAUGGUUUUGACUAUUUUACCAUGCUCAGCCAUCAUCAAGAUGCUGCAAGAGAAUACCUAGACGCUUAUAAACUGAUGCCAGAAUGUCCUCUAAUUAAUCUGUGUGUGGGAACUGCCUUGAUCAACUUGACGCUUGGAUUUAGAUUUCAAAAUAAGCACCAGUGUCUUGCACAAGGCUUAGCCUUCCUCUAUAAUAAUUUACAGCUGACAGAGAAUAGCCAGGAGGCAUUAUAUAAUAUUGCCCGUGCCUAUCAUCACAUUAUGAAAAGAGAAGCAGCCUAUAAUUUGCAUUUAAUAUACAAAAACAGUGGAGCAUUUGAUCUUGCUAGGCAGGUCUUAAAGAUCACUGCACUUUCUGACUAA